AUGGGUCUACUCAGGAUACAAAGCAGCUUGAUCUAUAUUUUGAUAUUCUGCCAUAUUUAUCACGUGGUCACACCUCAGACGUACACCAACGUGACGUCCAUCUUUAACGAUAAAAUCAACAACAGCGGCUACAACCCGCAAGUCCGGCCGCUGGUUAACCAGUCCCAGACCAUCUUUGUCGACGUCUGGUUCGAACUGGUUUCCAUUGUGGAGGUCAAUGACGUGGCCCAGAGUUUCACCUGCAACGGGUUCCUGCUGUUUGGAUGGAUGGACGAGCUAAUUGUCUGGAACCCAUACGUUUACGGGGGACAUACAUUGAUUCACCCACUACCUGAACAGAUCUGGAGACCUAUGGUGCUGCUGCUCAAUACAUUGGAUAAACGAGAGCUGUUUAAAGACAAAAAGUCACCAGUGUUCAUCUACAAUACAGGGGGUGCCACCUGGGCCCCGGGCAGUGUGUUCCCAGUCUCCUGUCAGCUGACCAUGACCAACUACCCGUUCGAUCAACAGGAAUGUGUCAUCAAUAUGACAGCUUUGACAUUAACUAGUGAGGAAAUGCAGUUCACGAGUACAGAACCUACGAUCAGCACUUCAUAUUACACACUACACGGGGAAUGGGAUUUACUCGCAGCUACUAUCAGUACAUUUAACUUAUCGACACGCUACGUUAAGGUCCCGGGAUUUCAGCUGAAGUUUACACUGAAAAGACGGCCGAUAUUUUUGAUCGUCAACAUUAUACUGCCUGUCGUGUUCUUGUCAUUCCUCAACAUACUCGUCUUUAUCAUUCCUGUUGAGUCAGGGGAGAAAAUCGGCUACGGUAUCACCGUACUGCUGGCACUGUCCGUGUUUAUGUGUAUUGUGAUGGGGAUGUUGCCCAGGUCAUCACGGUCCAUGCCCAACGUCACCAUCUACCUCUUCAUCUUACUCAUCAUCUCCAUGUUGACCGUCAUCGAUAGUAUCGUCAUCGUCUACCUCUCUCAUAGGGAGGAGGUGCGUGCUUGUAUCUGGGCAAUAGAACAAUACUCACUCUACUAA